AUGUCUACAUACCCGUUGAAUAUGAUGUUGCAACACUUGCUAACUUACGUACGUUCAUUUUGCUCAAUUCGAUAUGUAGUUAAAUUUUUACCAACCGGUUCGUUGGCUCCGAGAUUAAAUAUUUAUAGUCAUGUAUUAUUAAGUAAAAAUGCAAAACAGUAUGAUGAUUGUGCGUGUUCGUCAUCAGAUUCCAAUGUGUUAUAUACUUCAAGUUAUACAGAUCUUAUUAGCAGUAAUGAUGAUAAUUAUGACGAACAAAAUCGGAAUUCAUAUCUAACUUCUUCACCCUGUUAUAAUGACAAUCGAAAUACUGUUUUAAAUUCAUUUUCUAUUUCUAAUUCACGUAAAAAUUUAAAAAAUGAUCAAGAGUCUAAUAUUCCAGUGUAUUAUGUUGAUUCAUUUUCCAAUACAUAUACUAGUUUCCCAAAUUCUGAAAUAAAAUCUUUAAAAAACAAUACUGGUGAUAAUGAUAGUCAGAAAUUAAUUAUGAAAUCAUCAAACAAAUUACAGUACAAUAAUUAUAGAUAUCGUCGAAAAAAUAAAAGAGGAAAGCGCUUUAGAGAUUCUACCAAAAAUAAUGGCAAACUGUAUGAUAAUAAUAAUAGUACUUCAGACACUACAAACACCUCUGAUGAACAUUUUCAUUCAUCAUCUAGAUCAAAUCGUAUUUCACAAUUGGAAGCUGAACUUUCUCGUUUAAGAUCACAAAUUGCUCAAUUAAUUUUAGCUCAAGAAUUAGGUAAAUCAAGCACGUCUGACGUAGAUCGAGAUCGUUUUCUUCAUCGUCCAGAUGCAGAUGGUGAGAGUGAUACUGCCACUACUACUGCUGCCAUCGCUGCCACAGGAUCACCUAGUCUGAUGCAACAUGAUAAAACAAAGUUUUACAACAAUCUGUCAGAAUUUCCUAUUCCUUCAGUUAGUUCAACUUCAACAUCAUUAAUACUACCUCCACCACCAAUACCCCCUCCACCGCCACCACCGCUCAUGAUUUGCCAUCAAAAUGUAAGCACUUUCAAGCAAAAAUGA